AUGCCUGACGGAUCAGCGCAGUCCCUGAGACAAGCUCGCUCAUUGUCUUCUAUCUAUCUAUCUAUCUAUCUAUCUAUCUAUCUAUCUAUCUAUCUAUCUACUUUAGUCUGUCCAUCUAUCUAUCUAUCUAGCUAUCUAUCUAUAUAUCUAUCUAUCUACGUUAGUCUUCUGUCCAUCUAUCUAUCUAUCUAUCUAUCUAUCUAUCUAUCUAUCUAUCCCAGUAUGUACAUUAUCUAUCUAACUCUCUCUCUUCUAUCACGAUCUUCUGUUCAUUAUCUAUCGAUCUAUCUAUCGAUCGAUCUAUCUAUCUGUCUGUCUGACUCGGUCUGUUCAUUAUCUCUAUAUAUAAUAUCUAUCUAUCUAUCUAUCUAUGUCAGUCUGUUCGCUAUCUAUCUCAGUAUUCUUUUCAUUAUAUAUCUAUCUAUCUAUCUAUCUAUCUAUUUAUCUAUCUAUCUAUAUUAUCUAUCUAUCUAUCUAUCUAUGUCAGUCUGUUCAUUAUCUAUCUCAGUAUGCAUAUUAUUUCUCUUCUAUCUCUAUCUAUAUUCUAUCUGUUCAUUAGAUAUCUAUUUCUUUCAGUUCAUUAUCUAUCUAUUUAUCUAUCUAUCUCAGUCUGUUCAUUAUCUCUCCCUCUCUCUCUCUCUCUUAAAUAUUUAUCUAUCUAUCUAUCUAUCUAUCUAUCUAUCUAUCUAUCUCUGUACGUCAGUUUGUUCAUUAUCUAUAUAUCUAUCUAUCUUGAGUAUAAAUUACUUUUCGGUCAAUACCAUAUGUUUCCUUCAAAGGAAGAAGAAUGAUACACCAUCUAUCUAUCUAUCUAUCUAUCUAUCUAUCUAUCUAUCUAUCUAUCUUUCUCAGGCUGAUCAGUAG